AUGUGCCUGAAAGCCCAGCUCAUUGUAGUUACCAAUAACGGCCUGCGACGAGCACGAAACCGUCGGCGUUCAUCCUCCGUCUCCCACACCCGCCGCCCACAAGCUCCAAGUAGCGUCUGCUGGUAUUACCAACAAUUUGGAGGAGCAGCUCGACGAUGUCUUCAGUCAUGCUCUUUCAAGGCAUCUCCAACGGCCUCAGGGCGACGAUCCCACCCGACAGUAGAGGCCACUGCUGUUGGAAGCGUCGCCAAUCUUCACACUCGCCGUCCAUUUCUCUGGAACCUCAUCACUGACGCCAAAUUUCUUGUUGACUCUGUUGCCGAGGUUAGCGCGGUUUCACCAACACCAGCCGAACGCAAACACCGCAGCUCUAUUUGUCUAACAUCUGCCAACAACCCAAGCCUCCCCAGCUUUGGACAGCGCUCCAUCACACUUGAUUUUCGCCUUCGUCGGAUGUCCCAAUGGGUUUUCAUUAUUGUCGUCGUCUUCGUCGCCCUCAUAGAUGCCGAUUUUCUAGCUCACUUCAGUCCAGCAGUUGAUUUGAGGAAUAGGCGACUCGUCGACUGCAUCACCAACCUCCAUACUCGUCAAUACGAUGUGAGUCCCUGCGUCAAAACUCUCACUGUUAUAUCCAUCUCUGACUGUCCUUUCUGCUCACUAUUCAGGCACUUCCUCCACCUGACCAACCCCUCAUUUCGUGAAGCGGACAUCAAACACACAGUCACCCACCACAUUUCUACCACUGGACCUACCAAGUCUUGCCGACGACGUCGUCUAGCUUCGGACCGUUUGAAGAUUGCCAAAGCUUGA